GCCACCCAUUGCAUGGCGCUAUAAAUAUCUAGACCUGGGAGAACCAGAUCGGCACAACGUUAUCUGGUGCCCUUUGAAUCCAAGUCCAGAGGCGAGGGUUAUAAAGAAAAUAAAUCUGUCUUUCUCAGCUGAGAAGGGAACGGAAAGCAGAAAUCGUCUAGAAGAGGACAGCCAUUUGCCGUUUUGCCAAAGUCGGAAAGCGUCAUGGCGUUGUCUUUGUAUGUGAUUCUGCUGGUAGGAUUUGCACUCACUCCCGGCUCGUACGGGCAAGGAGAGGUAACCGGAACCACUGAGGGUUCAAACAAGCUCCAGCCCUGGCUGGUGGGUCUGGCCGCUGUGGUUGGCUUCCUUGGACUGAUGUUCGUGGCAUCGCUGGUCAAUAGGAUCUUCUUCUCCAAUAAGACGAAGGACGAACCAAAUGCGGAUAAAGACAUUGAACUCAGAACUAAACCCAACAUUUAUGACAACAUUGCUGUGGAUCUAGAUGAAGAGGGCCCAUCCAAAGUGGAAGAAGGCCCAUCCUCUGAAGCCAAAGUGGACGACAAAAACCUGACCAGCAUGUGAGGAAAGGGCGAAGAGUCUGGAAGAGGAAAAGCGAGCCCACCCUUGGAUUUUCCCAUUCAGCCCAGUCUUUGCAGGAGCAACUCUGGAAGAAAAAUCCCCCGGGAAAGACUAUUCCUUGCUAAAAGUACUUGCCUUGAAACUCCGAAAUGGUUUUCGCCUGCCAAGGUCUAAUUUUGACCCUGUGUAAUCAAUGACAUUUUUUGUCUUUGGGUCUGGAGUGGUGAGGAAAGGAACGAAAGAUGUGUAAAUCUAUGUGUGAUUUUUCCAAAAAUCCAAAUUUGCUGAUUUUGGCAUGGAGAGCCCGAUAUUGGGGUGAUUUUAUAUGGUUGAAGGUUGAAGAGUUAUCCAA